AUGGCUGCUGAAAUUAAUAUGGUAAUUUUGGCAUGGGACUUAUAUGUUGAAUUCAAUCAAAGUGAUGAAUUUGGUGUAUUAUUUAACGAAGUUACUAUUGAUAAAAAUGAUUUGAAGUACAAAGUAAAUGUUGAAUUUAGAGAGGCGGAGACAAAUGACCUAGUUGAAAAAGCAAUCGAGCACUCUACCACCGAAGUUAGAUCAACACAUGAAGCUGCAACAACUUCCAAUAAUGGUGGAAUCACAACUCAAUCAAACAAAAACAAAACGGGUAAAAAAAGAGCUAAUCAAUUACAAUCUGAUGCUGAUUUUACCAAAAGAUUUUCAAACGAAACUUCAUCUGUUAGUAACAAAAGAGAAAGUAGAAGAGUCAAUAAUUAA